AUGGAGGUGACCUACAAGGCCCACGUGAUAGCUAAAUUCAACACAAGUGUGGAUCUACACUGUGAUAGCCCAGAGAUGAAAUUAUUGUCUGAUGCUUUUAAACCAUACCAGAAAAGCUUCCAGCCUCACACCAUUAUCCUACAUGGAAGACCAGGAGUUGGGAAGUCAGCUUUGGCCAGAAGUACUGUUCUGGGCUGGGCACAGGGUAAACUCUUCCAAAAAAUGUCCUAUGUCUCCUUCUUCUCUGUUAGAGAAAUAAAGUGGACAGAGAAGAGCAGUUUGGCACAGCUGAUUGCCAAGGAGUGGCCAGACUCCUGGGCUCCAGUGACAAAGAUCAUGUCCCAACCAGAAAGACUCUUGUUUGUCAUAGAUGGAUUGGAUGAUAUGGACUCUGUCCUCCAACAUGAUGAUAUGACACUCUCCAGAGACUGGAAGGAUGAACAGUCCAUAUACAUCCUGAUGUACAGCCUCCUAAGGAAGGCCCUCCUACCCCAGUCCUUUCUCAUCAUUACCACCAGAAACACAGGCUUAGAAAAGCUCAAGUCGAUGGUUGUGUCCCCCCUCUAUAUACUGGUUGAAGGACUAUCUGCCUCAAGGAGAUCUCAGCUGGUCCUCAAGAGCAUCUCCGAUGAGUAUAAGAUAAUGCAAGUCUUCCAUUCUGUAAUAGAAAAUCACCAGCGAUUUGACCAGUCAGGCUCACUGGUCUGAGAGUCUCUACAGCUGCAGAAGCUGGGAAAGGGAUGUACCCUACCCUGCCAGACUCUCACCGGUUUGUAUGCCACGUUGGUGUUCCACCAGCUCACCUUGAGAAGGCCUUCCCAGAGCACUCUCAGUCAGGAAGAACAAAUUACUCUAGUGGGUUUGAGCAGGAUGGCAGCUGAGGGAGUGUGGGCCAGGAGGUCAGUGCUCUAUGAUGAUGACCUGAAGACCUACAGCCUAAAGGAGUCUGAGAUCUUGGCUCUCUUUCAUAUGAGCAUCCUUCUCCAGGUUGGCCACAGCAGUGAGCAGUGUUACAUUUUCUUCCACCUCAGCCUGCAGGGUUUCUUUGCUGCCUUGUAUUAUGUUUUAGAAGGGCUGGGGGAAUGGAAUCAGCAUUUUUGCUUCAUUAAGAACCAAAGGAGCAUCCCGGAGGUGAAGAGAACCGACAACACUCGCCUCCUCGGGAUGAAUCGUUUCUUAUUUGGCCUCAUGAACAAGGAUAUCUUGAAGACUCUGGAGGUUCUGUUUGAAUGUCCUGUGAUUCCGACUGCUAAGCCAAAGCUCAACACUGGGUCUCACUGGGUCUCUCUGAUAGGUCAGCAGGUCAACGGCACCAGCCCUAUGGACACCCUGGAUGCCUUCUAUUAUCUAUUUGAGUCUCAGGAUGAAGAGUUUGCUCACAUGGCUCUCAACCGCUUCCGAGAAGUGUGGCUUCUGAUUCACCAGAAGAUGGACUUGAAGGUAUCUUCCUACUGUCUCUAGCACUGUCAGAACUUGCAGGCAAUCCGGGUGGAUACCAGAGACGUCUUCUCGUGGUGGGGAAAGUUCUACUCUGUGCUUGGCAACCACCAGAACUUGAAGGAGCUGGACUUGGGUGACAGCAUCCUGAGUCAAUAGGCCAUUAAGAUACUGUGACUCGAGCUGCGGAAUCGGUCCUGCAGAAUACAGAAGCUGACACUGGACAGCUGUGACCUCACACCUGUCAGCUGCCACAUUCUGGCCUCAGCCCUUUUCAGCAACCAGAACUUGACUCACCUGUGCCUGGCAAACAACAGCCUGAGGACUGAAGAAGUUGCACAGCUGUGUCAGUUCGUGAGGCAUCCGGGGUGUGCUCACUGCAACAUUGUAGAUGAUGCUUACAGCUUCCUGGCUUUGAUACUUACAAACAACACAAAGCUGACACACCUGAGCCUGACCAUGAACCCCAUAGGGGAUGGUGCAAUGAAGCUACUGUGUGAAGCUUUUAAGGAGCCCGCUUGUUGCCUUCAAGAACUGGAGUGAGUGAACAAUGGGGUUAAGGGUCAUCUCUGCUGCCAGGGUUUUGGAGAGCAAGAGAUGGAUAAGGAGAUCCUGUGGAAGCAGUGGUACUAUGCCCGGGUGAGAAGACAGCUGGAGGAAGUGCAGUUUAUCAGGCCCCACGUGGUGAUUGAUGCUGUUGAGGAAGAUGACCGAAACUGGUGGAAAAACUGA